AUGGAAGAUUUGGGAGGUACCCGGUUUGAUGGCCUCAGCAAUGCUGUUAGGAGGAAGAGAAGUCAGACUUCGCGCAGGCCGCGACCCGAUUCCCAGCCUGUUUCUGAUGGUCAUGAACUGUCUCCCUUGUCCUCAACGCCUUCAGAAGAUGCUGGCAAGAUUUCUAGUGAUGAGAAUGUUGGUUACGAUGCAAAUUCCAAGAGAAAGGAGUUCAAUCUUAAUCACUGUGUCUCUCAAUCCUCCUCGGCGACUGGAGCUGAAGAUGAAAAAUCUCAUAAAAAGAGUAAAAAGGAUGGUGGGUUCCACGCAUUUUAUAAUAAUGAACCUGGACGGAGUGGUUUGCAUAAUAAGCGCUGUAGUGAAGGUGUUCUUGCUCCAGCAAAUUGGAAAGGUUCUAGCAAAGCAAAGGAUAGCCUGGAUUUAGAGUCCAGAAAUGCAGAUUUGUAUGGUGGAAGGAAUCCUGAGAGUACAAGUUUGGCACAGUUUGGUGGCUCUCAGGAUGGAUUGGGGAACGAGAACCGGGUUAAAAAGGUUAAACUCAAGGUUGGUGGGGUGACACGUACUAUUCAAGCCAAUUCAGCAACCAAUGGUGCUUCGGGAAGUGGAUCAACAAUGAAGAGCUCUCGCUCAUUGGAUGCUUCCAGGCCACGCCAAAAACAGCAGAAUAAUUCAGAUGAUAAUAAUUCUCCUUCUGACAAGAGGAGUGGUCUGCAAGGCGUUCCGUGGAAAGAUUUCUCAAGGGGUGGUUUUGGUCUUGGGAAGGAGGAAUCGUUGAUGGGGAAGAUUUCUGGAAAGAACACAUCUAGUAAGCUGGGAGACAAGUCUGAACCGGUUCGUAAGAGUAAGCGAGUACCAAAGAGACGUUUACUUGACGGGGAAUUUGGUGAUGACGACGAUGAGGAUGAUGAGAUUCGGUACUUGGAAAAGCUGAAAACAUCAAAAGUUUCUGCUGUCUAUAGAGAUGAAGAAGAAUUAAGCAAGAAACAUCGAAAGCUAUCUAGUGUCUCUAAUAUGGAAAAUGCUGCCACAACAAGGUCAGGCAAAGACAUUAAGAAAAGGUCUAGAUCUGAUAAAGUGUAUGAGGACACAGAUUAUGAGGAUGAAGAGGAAUCCGGGUCUGAUGGUGAGCAUGAGGAUAAGAAAAAGAAAAAGCAGAGGAAGGAGUCUGUUGAUGUAUUGAUGGACAGUAAGAGGGAAAGUACUCUUACAACCCGUCAACGGGCCCUUCAAUCAAGCAAAGACGCAUCUGCAUCAAGUGCUAGUUUAAUUGAGUUUCCCAAUGGAUUACCACCUGCCCCACCUAGAAAGCAAAAGGAGAAGCUUUCAGAGGUAGACCAGCAAUUGAAGAAAGCUGAGGCUGCACAGAGGCGUAAAAUGCAAGUUGAGAAGGCUGCCAGGGAAUCUGAGGCUGAAGCUAUCAGAAAAAUACUCGGUCAAGACUCUAGUAGGAAAAAGCGAGAAGAGAAAAUAAAGAAGCGCCAGGAAGAACUGGCACAGGAAAAGGCAGCAAAUGCUCGAAUGCAUGCUUCAAAUACCAUCAGAUACACAAUGGGCCCAACUGGAACAGUUGUGACUUUUCCUGAGGAAAUGGGAUUGCCUAGCUUAUUGAACUCCAAAAUUUUCAGUUAUCCUCCACCUCGCGAGAAGUGUGCCGGUCCAUCUUGUUCAAAUCCUUACAAGUAUCGGGAUUCAAAAUCAAAGCUUCCUCUCUGCAGUCUCCAGUGCUACAAGGCUGUCCAGGAGAAGCGGAAAACCAUGAAAUUGACAGGAAUUAGAAAGAGUUCGAAAAACUCUCCCGGGAAGGGGAAGGCCGUUUAUGCCAAUGAAUUUUGGGCGCCUGAGAAGAGUUCGUGCCGGAGACUUUGGUCUAUAAGUCCAUCCUCCCCUUAUUUCCCUGCAUACGCACAAGGACAAGGACCACCACCAAUGAGGCAGGAGCAGUUACAGAAUGUUGUUAUUAGUCAGCCUUUUCUAAUAAUACUCUGUGGGGGAGGGAGCCUGGGUGCUCAGCUUCUUUACCUGGAUGCCAAUGAUCCUAAUAAUGUCUAA